CAAGAAGUGUAUAAAAAACAAACUCUCUCAUUUCUCCAAAACACUUUCCUUUCUUUCCCUUUCAUUUCUCACUAGUUAACAUACUAUUGCUGUCACAUACACUCAUAAAAAAUACUUUUUCUUCUAAGGAAGAAGAAGAAGAAGAAAUUCACACUUCUAUCAAGAACUCAAAGGUUUUCACCAGCAAAUCUCUGACACAUGUCGCGAUUUGUAUUUUUUCUCUUAUUUUUUGUGGUGGCUACACCUAUAACCAAUGGACUAAAUCCACGAAAACUCGAUGAGGGUGAAAAUAAAUGUGGAGGUUGUCCUUGUAACAAACCUUGUAUUCCACCUUCUCCUCCACCACCACCACCGUCACCACCACCACCAUCACCACCACCGCCAAAGAAACCACCAAGUGGCUAUGACUGCCCUCCUCCUCCUUAUUCCGGUGGCGGCGGUGGUGGUGGUGAAAAUACUCCCUAUCCUCCAAAUUCACAAUACAUAUAUAUGACUGGUCCACCAGGGAAUUUGUACCCCGUUAACAAUGAUUUUGGUGGUGCAAAAAGGAGCUUUUCUAGUGGAUUUCCACUUUUGAUUGGUGGAUUUUUCUUGGGAUUGUUUUAUUUUUUGUGAAAUCCAAGAUCAAAUCAAGUAAGAAUAAGAACAAGAAGCAGCAAAUUUCAGAGAUCAAUAAUGUUAGUGGCUAUGAAUAUUCUAUAUGUAUAAGGUAAUUGGUCCUAAAUAAUUGGCUGUAAUCUUGAUAUGUUAUUCAUGUGUUUCAUAACCUUAUAGUUUUUCUUCCACUUUUUUUGUAAAAUCAAAUUGUCAAUCCUUAAUCAAGAGAUAUGUUAUCAUCUGUUCAUAUUUA